GUAUUUCCUUGUGCACAUGGGUCUCAGCUGUUUGACAUCUACGAGCGUUAGCUUGUAAAAUUGUUUCAAUCUGAAAGCAGUUUGUUGGAAACUGCGUUCUGUUACCUACAAUAACAAAUUUCUUGAAAUUUAAAACCACACAAGGACACUUGGGAGGCCAUUCAUACAUAAAAAGACUGUGGCCUGGCGUGACGAUGCUGUCUGGUGUGUGUGUUAUCCUGGUCCUGACCCUCGGGCAGGCGGUGUUGGGGGAGGAGGCGGGUUAUCGCAGCUACAAGUUGGUCAAGGUGGAUGCGCCCUCGGAGCUGAAACUUCGGGCAAUAGUGAGCGGCCGAGACUGGGUGGAUGUGUUUUCAAGCGAGGGGGUCAGUCUGACUGCAAUGGUGCCGCCCCGACAUCUAGCAGAGCUCAUCCGGGUCGUCAAGAGUCAGGGAGGGAAGAUCACCGUCCUACACGAAGAUAUGCAAAAAGUAGCCGAUGAGGAGUACCGAGAGAGGAUGAGGCACAGACGGAGACGGGCCGUCACUACUAAAGAACAGGAUCUCCUCACGUACCUCGACCUGGACAAGCAAUAUGCCUUCCAAGACAAAAUAUUAUCUGGGUCAAGCAAUGCCCAUAUGGUCAAGGAACGGAUAGGGCGAUCGUCAGAGGACAGAGACAUCAAUUUGAUCAGGAUUUCGGCGGAUGCAUCUGGACAAAAGAAAAGAACUAUUUUCAUUGACGCUGGUAUUCAUGCGCGGGAAUGGAUAGCACCGGCAACAGCGAACUACAUCCUCUACCAGCUGGCCUACAACGCCUCCUCUGCAGGUCUACUGAGGGACUUCAACUGGGAGAUUGUCCCAGUGCUCAACCCGGACGGGUAUCGGUAUUCACACGUGAGUUCCCGAUACUGGAGGAAAAACCGCCAAGGAAACACAGGCAGCCAAUGUAUCGGCACUGACCUCAACAGAAACUUCGGCUACCCACAACAUAUGCCCAGCGCUGGCGGCAGCUCCAACCCCUGCAGCGACAUCUACUCCGGUCCCAGCAAGUUAAGUGCACCCGAGUCUAGAGCCCUGAAGAACUACCUGGACUCCCACAACGACACCAUCGUGGCCUACCUCAGCCUCCACUCCUUCGGCCGCUACAUCCUCUACCCGUGGGGAUACAGCCUCACCGCAACCCCAUCUGAUGCGGCCGAGCUGGAGCGAGUGGCCCAGGUCGCCAACAAAGCCAUGAGCGAUGACUAUAUCACCGGAAGUUCCUCAAAAGCGCUCUACGUGGCGGCCGGGGGGUCUGACGACUACGCCAAGGGCGGGGCUAAGAUCGACUACAGCUACACCAUAGAGCUCCCCCCCGGGAUGAGUAGCCGCUACAACUUUGCCCCUCCCACCUCCUCCAUCCCCGGAUAUACCAGCGAGGCAUGGAACGGCGUCCAGGCUCUAGCCAGGGAACUGGCAAAAGUAACCGCGAUCGCCGCUCCAACAACGACCAAGAUCACUACGACUACCACGACGACACAGAAACCUAUCCCGGUCCAGUCUCCCUACUACUGGUUAUACCAGUGGCUGAAAGACCAGGGUGUUAUUUUGGGGAAAUAAAAAGUCGGUUUCCAGGUGGCAGUGCCA